CUGCAACACAGUUAUAGAAAGAUUUGAAGAACUAUGCAAAAAUUUGAAGCACGUGGACAAAGCUGUGAAGAAAGAAGCCCAUGAAGAAGUGAUCAGAGUAGCAAUACUCAUGUUUGUAGUCAUGGUUCUUUUAGCUAAGAAAAAUGAUGCUCCUGUUCCGGGAUGGAUAAUUGGAAAAAUAGGGGCAAAAGAAGAAGAAAACUUCCCAUGGGAUACAUGGGCUUAUAGAGAAUCCUUACCUUCGUUGAGAAAAGAUCUGGACACAAAGCUUCAUAAAAUAGAAAAAGAGAAUGGAUCACAAACAUUGAUGUACACAGGGUUUUUAAUUCCCGUAACGAUAUUGCUUUUGGAAUGUGCUCCGGAUUUUGCUCAAAAGUUUGCUAAAAGAAUGCCUCAACCUAGUCCUGCUAUGCCAAGGUUAUGCCUCUGGAAGGACAAGAAAACAAAAAGGAUCGGUAAUGAACAGGUUAAAGAAGCUAUAGAAUCAAUAAAAAGUGUACAGAGUAUACUCCAACCUGACUUGAUGGAGAUUAAUUGUACUUGGAUGAUGAACUUGAAGCAUACAAAAGAUGCUCACCCGAAUGCCGAACUUGAUAGAUAUGUCAAAGCAUUAGAGAAAAAAUUAGUCUCUAUUCCAGUCUCAUGCAAAAGAAAGUUAAGUGAGGUGAAAAGUCUUGUAAAAGAGAAACAGUCUUCUAAAAAGAUGAAGGUGCUAAAUAAGAAUGCACAUAAGAUGGAGAGGAAGAAGAAAGGAGAAGUAGAAGUAGAAGUAGAAGUAGAAGGAGAAGGAGAAAGAGAAGUAGAAGUAGAAGUAGAAGGAGAAGGAGAAGGAGAGGGAGAGGGAGAGGGAGAAGGAGAAGGAGAAGGAGAAGGAGGAGAGGGAGACAGUGAAGGAGAAGAAGAGGGAGAAGGAGGAGAGGAAGAAGGAGAAGGAGAAAGAGACGAGGAAGAAGAAGAAGAAGAAGAAGAAGAAGAAGAAGAAGAAGAAGAUGGUGCUAAACAGCCGCCUCAAACUCAAUCCACACAUACCUCUAUUCCCUCUCCUCAUGCCUCACAUAUUCCGUUUUCUCCCUCUCAUCACAGCAAACAACCAUCUAAGUCCCCUCAGUCUCCUGUCAAUGACUAUUCUUCACGAUCAUAUAUUGAUAAAACGUUUGAAGAAAUGGAUGCACGGUCAGAAAGAAGGCAUAACAUACUAAUAGAGAGAUUUGAGAGGUUUGAAGAAAUGGAGGCACGGUCAGAAAGAAGGCAUAGCAUACUAAUAGAGAGAUUUGAGAUGUUUGAAGAAAUGGAGGCACGAUCAGAAAGAAGGCAUAACAUACUAAUAGAGAGAUUGGAGAGGUUUGAAGAAAUGGAGGCACGGUCAGAAAGAAGGCAUAACAUACUAAUAGAGAGAUUGGAGAGGUUUGAAGAAAUGGAGGCACGGUCAGAAAGAAGGCAUAACAUACUAAUAGAGAGAUUUGAGAGGAUUGAAGAAAUGGAGGCACAGUCAGAAAGAAGGCAUAACAUACUAAUAGAGAGAUUUGAGAGAUUUGAGAGGCUACUUCAGAAGUACAUUGACAGUAAAGAGGAGACAAAGAAAAAUGUUGACGACGAGGCUGUUAUUGAGCAUCAAGAGAAAGAGGUUGAAGAUGUUCAACAAGAUGUUACACCCCUAAUUAACGUUAUUGAAGACGCGUCAGGGAAGACUAUUGAAGUGUCACAAGAAAGUGCUAAGGAUAUUGAUGAUACACAACAAGUUCAUGUGGGGUUUUCUUCUAA